UUUUCAUAUGUUAUAGUAAUUUCCUUCUAUAUCUAUGGUUGCUAAUUUUUGCAAAACUUGCUUUUAUUUUUACUUUCAUUUUCUCUUUUUUAUGUUUAUGUGUAAACCCACAUGGUAAUAAACCGGAUUCUGAGUGUUAUUUCUUUUUAUGUGCAUUCUUUUAAUAAAUAAAGUACUAGUACUAUUUACUACACACAUUUAAGAGAGGUAGAUACCUUUAAGGUGGAGAUAGAUAGAUUAAAGACAGACAUAGAUACAUUUAAGAUACAUUUAAGGUAGAGAUAGGUUCAUUUCAGAUCUAUUUUCUUCCCUUUGUGACCAGAUGAUGUAACCUUGUCUCCAUGUUGUAAGCAGCUGUGAGCCUCUCAGUCACAUAUUGAUCAUGUUUUGGUCCAUGAUGGAGACUAGUUCUACUCCAGAUCAGAUCAGAUCAGAUCAGAUCAGAUCAGAUGUGGAUCAGUCUGCUUCCUGGGACUCAGUGUGAACUCUCAGUGUGUGAACUCUCAGUGUGAACUCCUAGAAUACCGCGUGGCACUCUGAGACACAGACAGAGCCCCGGUUGGAUGGAGGAGGGGCCACCGGAGGGAGGGUCUGAGGGAGGGUUCUGGGGUCUAGAGGGGUCGGGUUACCGGAGCAGAUCGACACCCCCAGACCCCCCCAGACCCGCUCACAGACCUCCUCUCGGUGCGCCUCCUGCGCGCAUGCGUAAAUCUCCAAACACAUCUCCAUUACGCAUCAGCUGGAGGAGCCUCAUCCACGUGGUCUACAGAUCUACUGCUGAGCUCAGAAGAGGGAGGGACGUCCUGGUCCUGGUCCUGCCUCCAGACCGUCUGGUCCUGCCUCCAGGAGUCCUGGUCCUGCCUCCAGACCAGCUCAGCAUCCUCCUGCAGGAAAAAGAGAAAAAAGAGAAAGAAAGAAGACAAACAAGCAAAAGUUUCUCUGGUUGUUGGAGAGAAGACAGAGGACAUGGAGGACAUGGAGGACAUGGACCCGGUACCGUGAAGACACCGACGGAGACUUUGUCCACACGCAGGAGGAAGAGGAGGAAGAGGAAGAGGAGGAGGACUGGAGGACUGGACAUGGACACCGAGGACAGCACCAGGGUGUCCAAACCUCCUAAAGUCAAGAGACACAGAAAGAAGAGACCCAAAGAGACGAAGACCCGGACUGUCCAGGCUAACGUCCUGUGGGACCAGCAGCAGUCCAAAGGAGAGGACAACCCGAACCGGCUCUACACAGACAACCGGAUCAAGACCACCAAGUACACGGUUCUGUCCUUCCUCCCGAAGAACCUGUUCGAGCAGUUCCACCGCUUCGCCAACGUCUACUUCGUCUUCAUCGCUCUGCUCAACUUCGUCCCGGUGGUCAACGCCUUCCAACCGGAGCUGGCUCUGGCCCCGGUGGUCUUCAUCCUGUCCGUUACCGCCGUCAAAGACCUGUGGGAGGACUACCGGAGACACAGGUCCGAUACCGAGAUCAACCACAUGGACUGUCUGGUCUACGGAAGAGCGGAGCGCCGCUACGUGGAGAAGUACUGGAAGGAGGUUCGGGUGGGAGACUUUAUCAGGCUGCGCUGUAACGAGAUCCUCCCCGCCGACGUCCUGCUGCUGAGCUCCAGUGACCCCGACCGCCUCUGUCACAUCGAGACCGCCACGCUGGACGGAGAGACCAACCUCAAGCAGAGGCAGGUCGUCCGCAGCUUCUUCGACCUGGAUUGUGAUUUUGACCCGUUAAAGUACAACAGCAUCAUUGAAUGUGAGAAGCCCAACAACGACCUGAACCGCUUCAGAGGAUACAUAAUCCACCGGAGCGGCAGAAGAGACGCACUUUACAAAGAGAACCUGCUGCUGAGAGGCUGCACCAUCCGCAACACGGAGGAGGCCGUGGGGAUCGUCAUUUACGCAGGUCACGAGACCAAAGCCAUGCUGAACAACAACGGGCCGCGCUACAAGCGCAGCAAACUGGAGCGCCAGAUGAAUGUGCACGUGUUCUGGUGCGUCAUCAUCCUGCUGGUCAUGUGCCUGUUCACUGCUGUCGGUCACGGGCUGUGGAUGUUUCAGUACGGAGAUAAGAGACCCGUGUUUGACGUCCUCGGUCCAGAUGGGACGGACUUAUCGCCCAUCAUGUCUGCUAUUUAUCUCUUCCUCACCAUGAUCAUCGUCUUUCAGGUGCUGAUACCGAUCUCUCUCUUUGUGUCGAUUGAGAUCGUGAAGAUCUGCCAGGUGUUCUUCAUCCAUCAGGACUCUGAUCUGUACGACGAGGAGACCGACUCCCAGCUGCAGUGCCGAGCUCUGAACAUCACCGAGGACCUCGGCCAGAUGCAGUACAUCUUCUCCGACAAGACGGGCACGCUGACGGAGAACAAGAUGGUGUUCCGCCGCUGCACCGUGGCGGGGGUGGAGUACUCCCAUGAUGCCAAUGCCAGGAGACUGGCUAUGUACCAGGAGAUGGACUCUGAGGAGGAGGAGUGUACGUCUCACGGCGGUACGCUGCCCAGGAGGGACAGCGUGACCAGCCACCAGAGCGCCCGGGUGGUGCUGCGCUCCCAGAGCACCAAGUCCCACCGCAGGACGGGCAGCCGGGCGGAGGCCAAGCGAGCCAGCAUCCUGUCCAAGCACACGGCCUUCAGCAGCCCCAUGGAGAAAGACAUCACCCCCGACCCUCAGCUGCUGGAUAAAGUCAACGAAUGCAGCAGUCAGAUGGACUUCAUGCGUUUCCACAGCCAGCCGAUGUCCCAGCUGCCCUCCGACCUCGCCGACGUCAUCGACUUCUUCAUCGCUCUGACCGUCUGCAACACGGUGGUGGUGUCGUCCCCCAACCAGCCCCGACACAAGGUCCGGAUGAGGUUUGAGCUGAAGUCUCCAGUGAAGACCAUCGAGGACUUCAUCAAGCGCUUCACGCCGAGCCGCCUGACCUCCGGCUCCAACAGCAGCAGCUCCUCCAGCCUCAUCACCAACCGCUCCUCCAACCGGGGCUGCUCCAGCGUGCUGUCCUCGCCGUCUGCAGAGAGCACGCUCACCAAGCUGCACGAGGAGCAGACGCCCGGGGGCCUGGAGCACGCCUUCAGCGCCGUCCCGCCGUGCUACGACGGGAAGCCCUGGAACCCGGAGGACGGCGAGCUGCGCUACGAGGCCGAGUCGCCCGACGAGGCCGCGCUGGUCUACGCCGCCAGGGCCUACAAGUGCUCCCUGGUGGGACGCCUCCCGGACCAGGUGACCGUGGAGCUGCCGCACCUGGGGAAGCUGAGCUUCGAGCUGCUGCACACGCUGGGCUUCGACUCCACCAGGAAACGCAUGUCGGUGGUGGUCAGACACCCGCUGACGGACCAGAUCACCGUCUACACUAAAGGAGCCGACUCCGUCAUCAUGGACCUCAUCAGACCCCCCGACACAGGAAACUCUAAAGGGAGACGGCAGAAAAAGAUCGUCAGCCGGACCCAGAACUACCUGAACCUGUACGCCGCUGACGGCCUCCGCACGCUCUGCAUCGCUAAGAAGGUCCUGAGUAAGGAGCAGUACGCCUGCUGGCUGCAGCGCCACCUGGAGGCGGAGACGGCCAUCCAGGGAAGAGAGGAGCUGCUCUUUGACUCGGCACUGCGACUGGAGACAAACCUCCAGCUUCUGGGAGCGACGGGCGUUGAGGACCGGCUGCAGGACGGCGUGCCGGAGACUAUCGAGUCUCUGCGGAGGGCCGGCCUGCAGAUCUGGGUGCUGACGGGAGACAAACAGGAAACGGCCGUCAACAUCGCGUACGCCUGCAAGCUGCUGGACCCUGAGGAGGAGAUCCUCACGCUGAACGCUGAUUCUCAGGAGGCGUGUGCUCUGCUGCUGGAGGAGAGUUUACACUACAUCCAGGCCAAAUUCCUCUGCAGCUCCUCGGACCAGCCCGCCGCCAAGACCUUCAGCAGUAGCUUCAGCCCCUUUGAGCUGUAUCCCUCCUCCUCCUCCUCCUCCUCUUCCUCCCCCCACACCGCUGGCUUCACGGUGCUCCGGCUGGGCCUGGUGAUCGACGGCCGGACCCUGGCCUACGCUCUGGACAAGAGUUUGGAGGAUAAGUUCCUGGCGGUGGCGAGGAGCUGCCGCUCGGUGCUGUGCUGCCGCUCCACGCCGCUGCAGAAGAGCAUGGUGGUCAAACUGGUGCGCAACAAGCUGAAGGUCAUGACUCUCGCCAUCGGUGACGGGGCCAACGAUGUCAGCAUGAUCCAGGUAGCGGAUGUUGGCGUGGGCAUCUCUGGCCAGGAGGGCAUGCAGGCGGUGAUGGCGAGCGAUUUCGCCCUCCCUCGGUUCCGGUACCUCCAGAAGCUCCUGCUGGUCCACGGUCACUGGUGCUACUCACGACUGGCCAACAUGAUUCUCUACUUCUUCUACAAGAACGCUAUGUUCGUAGCGCUCAUCUUCUGGUAUCAGUUCUAUUGCGGGUUCUCCGGUUCGGCCAUGAUCGACCAGUGGUAUCUCAUCUUCUUCAACCUCAUGUUCUCCGCCUUCCCACAACUCAUCACCGGCACGCUGGACAAAGACGUGUCUGCAGAGACGCUGCAACAACUACCUCAGCUCUACGUCAACGGCCAGAACUCUGAGGAAUAUAAGCCAUACAUGUUCUGGAUGAACAUGAUCGACGCCUUCUACCAAAGUCUCAUCUGCUUCUUCAUCCCCUACUUCGCGUAUGCUGACUCUGACGUGGAUCUGUUUACGUGGGGAACUCCCAUCACCACCCUGGCUCUGCUCACCAUCCUGGUUCAUCUCGGCAUUGAGACCAAAACCUGGACGUGGAUGAACUGGCUGUCCAUCGCCUUCAGUACGGCGUUGUUCUUCACCGUGGCUCUGUGCUACAACGCCUCCUGUCCCACCUGCUACUCGCCCUCCAACCCGUACUGGACCAUACAGAGGCUGCUGCAGGACCCGCUCUUCUACCUGCUCUGUGUCGUCACGCCGGUAGCGGCGCUGCUGCCCAGAUACUUCUACAGGGCGUGUCAGGGCACGCUGUUUCCCAGCCCCGUCCAAGUUGGAAGACAGUUGGAUAAACUCCCCGCCGAAACCCGCAGGAAUAUUCUGAGCCUCAGCGGGGUCAAGGCGGGGUCGCCGCUCAGCCCCGAGCCUCCCUUCCUGUCGCUCAGCAAGCCUUCGCCGACAGGUUGGAAUAGAACACACCAGAGGAGCGUCUCCGACACGACGCAGUGGCCCCGUUUACAGACAGAUGGACGGGGACGCCCGCUGGGGCCCUCAGACACUGAGAGAGGCCUCUGUCCCACAGAUAAAGACACACUUCCUUAUACCAAAGACGCUCCUCAGCUCUCAGGGGAGCCGCCGUCGCCGCCGCCGCCGCCGCCGCCGCCGCCGCCGCCUUCCACCAAAGACUGUCUCGAUAAGACUUUAGAGACGUCCGAUCUGAGUCUGUCCAGCUGGAUCACCUCCACGCCGCUGCUGUCUCAGACGGGCAGCGUCCAGCUCAACCUGCCCGCCGACGGAGACGCCCAGUGUGUCAAAUACACGAGGACGUUGGAGGAAAGACUCCCGUCUGACCACAGCGUUCAUCCAGCAGCACAGCGGACAGACUCACUGCACACCACCUUGUGAUGUCUCUCAGUCUUAAAGACUCCAAUUUGCACGAUUUUUAAGAAAAACAAAUGUUUAUAAUGUUAUUGUACUUUUAAGGAGAUUCUUUUAUAAAUAGGUACUUUAUAUUUUUGAGGUUUUGAAGAUGGAAGAACUGGAAUUAUCUCCCGUUCCUUUUUUUUAGUUUGUUUUUUAAUCCUGUAAAUCUCAAAGAUGCAUCUCAGUAGUUGAUCAGGUUUAACGUGAUGAAGAGGAGACAGUUUAUCUUCCUCCUCUUCUUCUUCAGCUUCGCCUGUAAAUGCCUUCAGACGGUCAUGAAUCGUAUUCCUGAACAGAGAAACGCGUCUCAGUGCAGAUCCUUAAAGAGUUUUAUCUUUACGUGAAUCAGUGCACGUUUCAGUCUGGUUGCUGGAUUCGUCCGUUUCUCUUCUGUCAUACUGAAACAUUCCACUGAAUAGUUAUGAGAGCUGUUCACUUUAGAUAUCAUCGUUCAUUAUCAGAGUUAAUCCCAGUCUUUAUACAGCAACGAUCUACCAGUAAUGAUGCUCUGUUUGAGUGUGUGUGUGUGUGUGUGUGUGUGUGUGUGUGUGUGUGUGUGUGUGUGUGUGUGUGUGUGUGUGUGUGUGUGUGUGUGUGUGUGUGUGUGUGUGUGUGUGUGUGUGUGUCCACUGACUCUUUAGAUCUGUUUCAGCAGUGCCAGUUUCAUUUUAAAGGAAUAGUUUGACAUUGUGGGAAAUAUGUGUUUUGGCGUCAACCUCCGCAGUCAAAGCUGAAGUUUCUUAAACCUGCGUUCUCUCUAGCAGCCAGCAGGGGGCGUCUCCUCUGGUUGUAUAGACGUC